CGAAAAACCCCUAUAAUCUUAUUUAUACCUCUACAUCUAGGAAUACACGAUGUUUUCCUUUUUUGCGCGCGCAUUCAGCCCUUUCUCAUUCGAUAGGCCGGCCGGUGCCAGUCACGGUGGAACCCUCUCGCGCCGCCGACGUCACGAAAUGCGUGAACACAAACUUUAACUUUAACCAUGUGGACGGACGUCAGUAGUCGCGAAAGACAUAAGUAUCUGACGCAGACGAAUGGAUCUUUUAUACCGGGAUACACCGGGCACUGUCCUAUGCUAAAGUUCCGUUACGGCAAAUGUUACGGAGACAACACGAGGCAGAUUCUCAAGGAGAUCAAGUCGAAUGGCCUGUUCAACAAGCCGCUAGAAUACCGCCGCGGCGACAACUACGAGCUAGACCGCAUGCCGCGCUGCGACGCGCCGCGCCGCGACGCGUACGACGGCAUCGGCCGGGCGCCUGCCUACAUGACCGGCUACACGGGCUACGUUCCCGGAAUGAACUUUAGAUACGGCAAAUCAUACGGACGAGCAGCGGACGACUGUAUAGCAGACUUCGAAGAGAACCAGCGGGCGUUGCGCCGGCGAGCCGACUUGAACCGAACCCACGCACGCUCACGGAGUGCGCCCAAAAUGGAGACCAUACAUUCUAGGGACGAGAUCCGGAGAGACCUGAACCGGUUCAGAGAGAUCAAUAAGUACAAAGAAAACACAAUAUCUCCCGAAUUCCCACCUAUCGCCGGGUACACAGGCCACAUCCCCCGCAUCAAGGGCUCCGAGGCCUCGUUGAGCCAGCGCUACCACUGCGCCGCCAAGCGAGGCCUAGAGCUCAUCCAACUCGAGCGCGACAAGAGGAAGGAGCUCCACAACGCCGACGGCAACAUUAAGGCGAUCCUGAAGGACAAGGAUAGGAAGUUCUCGUAUUGGAACUGGGGAUAGCAUACGGGCAGGAGAAUGUUCUUUGGCAAGUGCCGGUAGACAUUCUUCUAAAUUGUGUUGGUUGUUAAGAAUUUUAAGAGAUUGUGUUGUUUGAUAAAUUGUCUGGAACUUGACGCGAUUCGCUCUAUCGAUAUUUUGUACUAGGAAAAAAAGAGAAGAAUAGGUAGAUUCUAUGCGAGUUUACCUGUCGUGCCGUGAAAUAUAAUAAGAAAAUUAAUAACUACACAGAAAAAGCAAAGCCACAUAAUAAAAACCGACAAAUGAGAGCAUUUGUACUACGCGAAGUUUUUAAGUCUUCCAGGGGAAGAGAGUUAUGUUAUGAUAUACCUAUGCCCGAUAAUAUCUAAAAAAUUGCAAUUACAAGGACCACAUUCCACGCAUCAAGUGCUCCUAGGUCUAAACAAAUGCAAAUCUGGUUUUAACCCAAAUGAAAUUUUGAAAUUUACUGCUACAUUUCACUUGCUAGGCCUUCCAAUUGCUCUUUGGGUUGAAGGAGGAUAUACCUAUUUAUAAAUGUUGUAAUCGAGAUCAUUUGCAACAGUUUCGAAUUUUGUCAAAUCCGUCCACUAUAUUUACGACACUCGAAUUCAAGAGUCGAAAACAAACAAGGUCAUCCUUGAUUUAUACUUAUUAGUAAAUUGGGUACUUGACACAUGUUGAAUAUAAUGCACACACACAUAAUAACAACAUGCUGAAUAUUAUACACAUGUUAUAUAUAUUUAGGACUAUUGUAAUGUGACGUCACAUUACAAUAUAAUUUUUCACACCAUCCUGCUCGACAAUGUCAAAUUAUAUAUCAUGCAAACCUUACCGAAAGCAAAUCAUUGUAGCCCUUAGCUUUAGCCGGGUAGUAAUAUUGUACUGAAUUUCAUUAUAAUGUGAUUUCACUUCUCAUAGUUCUCAUUGUUGUUUUUAAAGCCUAAUUUCGUGAAGCCCGUACGGCGACACACGCGGCGCGGCGGAAUCCAAUUUAUUUAUUCGAAAAUCGUACUGGCAGCAUAAGCUGAAUAUUGUUUAUGAAUAAAUAAAUUGGAAAAAAAAGCCGCGAGUGCUACAAGACGCUUGACGCUGUGUAUCAAACAUUCAUCUUCAUAUUUGUAUUUCUAGUAGCCUUCGUUUUUUUAUUGGCUCGCAGGAGGUAAGAAAAGUAUACUCCUCGGAGAUAAAGCUGUUUUUGUCUUGUAAAACAGUACUUUAUCCCCUUGGUGUAUAAUCUACUAUUGUUAGAGGCGUUGCAAUCGUCAAGUGCGAGCAUCAGACUAACUCUUAUUUCUGACCUUUGUGUUGCUUAAAUGCCAUAAGUCCCAUAUAGAUAUUUGAUCCUCAGGAAAAUCAAGAUCGAUUGACAUUAUUUCCAAAAGCUGUCCGAGCGAGAUACCGAUUGGCACGACCCCCUGUGCAUUUUGCGCGCACCAAUCAGCGAGCGUAUCAUAGGUAUCAAUAUCAAAACCUUAAGACUCACACGAACAAAGCCAUACAAGGGUCAAAAUGUUUUUCGUUGUCUUGUUUUUUGUCCCCAAUAAAAUGUGACGGAGUGUAGCUUUAUGUACAUAUACUUACUUCACUGGCUCAGUGACCCAAACAGGAUCUUAGCCUCUGACACUUCGCGCCAGUUGGGUAUUCCGAGGGCGAAAUAGUACAUUACGAUACAAGUGCGAAAAAUAGGAAAUUCAAAACGAGUGGCGAUAAAUUAAAACACGACCGAAGGGAGUAUUUUAAAUCGACACGAGUUGCGAAUUACCUAUUCGCACAUGUAUCGUACAACGUUUUACAGUACAUAUGGCCCUUUAAAUGUUUGACACAGUAACGUAAUAUGCUAAUUUGUGCACUAGUGCGGUAAAGUAGCACCAUAUGUACUGUAAAGGUCUUUUAAGGCUUCGUCACUCCAGCGGUAUCUGGGGCGGCAGACGGACGUUUUCCACCCGGGUGCCCCACAUACGCUCUCCUCACAGCACGAUCCUCACCAUCCUCUCCAGGUGACCGAGCCAGCGGAAUCGUAUGGCUUUGAUCUCGCCAAUUAUAUUGGGCAUCGCAACCAGCUCCUCUAACUCCCUAAUCUUCCUACGCCUCCAAGGUCCAUCUUCAUCUCCGAUAGAUCCCAGAAUCUUCCGCCAGAUUUUUCUCUCCGCCACUAAGAGCUUGCUCUCUUUUUUCUGAGAGUCCAAGCUACAUAUAUGAGAUGAAAAUUUGCUUUUAAUUUUUCUUUGGUAAAAGUCAUUCCACGGCUAUAAAAAACAUGCAAUAACACUCUUUUUUUAUAUAUAUAUUUGAUAAAAUGCCUACAGGCGUGACAGAGUUGUCCAAAACGAGACGUAACGAAAAGAAUUUCGACCCACAAUUAAAGUUACACCUCGUUUUAAAACGACAUUCAGUAACAUAAUAUAUAUAUUAAGUAGAUUCAGAUCUGCUACUGUAAUAAGUACAAAUAAAUUAGAGUUAGACCAAGCUAAGUUGGCAGCGAUUUUGAUAGCACAGACUGCAAGUGUUAUUUAAAACGUCAUAAUUUCAUAGAAGUAUACUCUAGAGCGAGUAGAAGUUUUUAGGUACUCACAAAACUUAUUUCAUUGAGUAUCAUUUUUCACAACAAAAACAAGUACCAGAUAUAGAUAUACUUAUAUGUUACGUCAUUUUAUUCAUGUAAUUUAAGCAUGUCGUUUCAAAAUGAAAACGUAACUUCCAUUGUAUUGGAGCGGUUUUUUGCAGCUGUUUCGUGGGACCUUUAACAGAUUUUACAGUACAUAUGGUGCUACUUUACCGCACUAGUGCGAAAAUUAGCAUAUUACGUUUCUGUGUCGAACAUUUAAAGGGCCAUAUGUACUGUAAAACGUUGUACGAUACACGUGCGAAUAGGUAUUUCGCAACUCGUGUCGAUUUAAAACACUCACUUCGGUCGUGUUUUAAUUUAUCGCCACUUGUUUCGAAUUUCCUAUUUUUCGCACUUGUAUCGUAAUGUACUAUCUAUUACAAUCAGUACCCCUAGUGUAAAUAAAUUCGAUUUCGAAACGUGACGUACGCGUUUGCCUUUAGUCUCAUUUUGUAUGUGAUUUAGAAAUAGCGCGCCACGCGGGACGUUUUGGAAACUCAAAAUCCUAUACAAAAUGAGACUUAACGCAAACGCGUUCGUCACGUUAUGAUGUCGAUUAAAUUUACACUAGGGGUACUGAAUAUCGCUCAAACUCGUGAAGUAAUAGCUAUUAUAUAUGUGUAUUAACAGGAUGAGAUAAGUGCAGGAUGUUAAUAUCAAUACAAUAGACAUCGUCAUAACGUAAUGUUAUGAUGACUGGUACCUAUUACAGUAUUAUUAGAGUAAAUACGGCAUUCAAAGAGUAUUUCUAAAGAUACUUCGAAUUUGUUAAUGCAUUUUUAUAUUUAUAAGCUGUAAAAUAUAGUUUUUAGGUCUAAAUGUUUUGAACUGAUGUUGAAAAUAAAAUUAAAUAGAUAUUUGA